AUGGGAAACACAUCCAACGCCUCCGUGUUCAUCUCCACCUUAUCGGAAAGAGAAGACUUGAUUUUUGGCACACUCUAUUUAGUCUUUGGCAUUGUGUCCCUCUCUGGGAACUCGCUGCUCCUGCUGGUGGCCUAUCAGAAGAGGUCCAUGCUGAAGCCUGCCGAGUUCUUCAUUGUCAACCUGGCCAUCAGUGAUCUGAGCAUGACGGUGACGCUCUCCCCCUUGGCCACCUCCUCCUUCUUUGCACACAGGUGGUUGUUCAACCAGGCGGUGUGCACCCUCUAUGCCUUCUGCGGGGUCUUGUUCGGGCUGUGCAGCCUCACCAGCCUGACGGUGCUCAGCACGGUUUGCUGCCUGAAGGUCUGUUACCCAGCAUAUGGCAACAAGUUCUCCCCCUGCCACGCUGGAGUGCUGCUGCUGUGUGUCUGGGCAUACGCUCUGAUGUUUGCCACGGCCCCCCUGGCCAAGUGGGGCAGCUACGGCCCUGAGCCCUAUGGGACAGCCUGCUGCAUCAUGUGGAAAGCCUCAAGCAAGGAGGCCACGAUCUACAUCCUCGCCCUCUUCGUCUUCUGCUACCUUCUCCCCUGCCUCCUCAUCCUCGUCUCCUACUCGCGGAUCCUCUGGACAGUGCGGGUGUCCCGGAGAGCCAUCAGACAGCACACGUCCCCCCAGCGCAGAGCCCACAGCGUGCACAGCCUGGUCAUGAAGCUGAGCAUUGCCGUGUGCCUGGGGUUCCUGGCUGCCUGGACCCCUUAUGCCAUCAUCGCCCUGUGGGCAGUACUUGGGGAUGCCAGCCAGGUGCCAGCGCUGGCCUUCGUGCUGUCAGCCGUCUUUGCCAAGUCCUCGACACUCUACAACCCUCUGGUGUACCUGAUUUUCAAGCCCAACUUCCAUAAGUUCCUCUCCAAAGACAUGGUGCUCCUCCAGGCCAUCCGCACCCUCUUCUGCUGUGGCUGCCCAAGUGCCAUGCUCCAGCCCUUCCCAUCCCUGGGCUUCAGUGACCACCCUGGGGCUUGCAGAAACUGCAAUGACACUUUUGAGUGUUUCAGUAACUACCCCAAGUGCUACAAACUCCCCCAGGUGCCUGGCAGCUCAGCCCGGCACGCUCCCCUGGCUAUCCUGGCCGAUGGAGCUGCUUGCCAGCCAGGGCUGAAGAGGACGGUGCAGGUGAUGGUGCUCGUCACACGGAAGAGGUCAGGCCUGAGCGCUGCGAAUGUGGUGGGGGAAGCCCUGCCGCCGAAUAUCAUGAAAGACCUUCUCUGA